UACGACCUGCUCGGCGUCAAGCAGACGUCGCUGGCGUUUGCCAUCAAGCGCGCGUACCGCCGGCUGGCCGCGGAGUGGCACCCGGACAAGAACCCCGACCCGAUGGCGCGCGAGAAGUUCCAAAAGUUCGCCAACGCCUACUCGGUCCUCGCCGACACCGAGAUGCGCGCCAACUACGACUACCUC